UUUCUCAAUUGUUAACUUAUAUAUGGUUACCAUUUUCUACUUAUUUUGUGGAGAAAUAAGAGCCGUGCUGAAGUUCCAGAGCUAAGAAAAGGCAAACCAUGUCAUCACCAGGGGUGCAACUGCAUAUUCAAGAUCAUUAUGUGGUGUUGGAUAAUGGAAUCUUACAAGUGACAAUAUCAAAUCCUGACGGGAUUGUCACUGGAAUACAAUAUAAUGGCACCGACAACUUGCUUGAAGUCGAGGAUGAGGAAGUUAAUAGAGGGUUUUGGGAUCUAGUUUGGAGUAAAACAGGAAGUACAGGGACAACAGGAACAUUCGACGUGUUUAAAGGAACAAGUUUUAAGGUUGUAGUAGAAAAUGAGGAUCAAGUGGAGGUUUCGUUCACAAGAACGUGGGAUUUCUCUCUGGAGGGUAGUGUUGUUCCCUUGAAUUUAGACAAAAGGUUCAUAAUGCUUCGAAAUUCGUCGGGAUUCUACUCCUAUGCCAUCUUUGAACACUUAGAGGAAUGGCCUCCAUUCAAUCUUCCACAAGUCAGAAUUGUAUUCAAGCUCAGAAAAGACAAAUUUCAUUACAUGGCCGUAGCAGACAACAGGCAAAGAUUCAUGCCUCUGCCAGAUGACCGGUUACCAGACCGAGGCCAACCUCUGGCAACCCCGGAAGCCGUACUGCUUGUCAAUCCUGUGGAGCCGGAGUUCAGAGGAGAGGUUGAUGACAAGUAUCAAUAUUCAUCCGAGAACAAAGAUCUAAAAGUCCAUGGGUGGAUAUCCAUGAACCCCCCAGUUGGUUUCUGGCAAAUUACUCCCAGCAGUGAAUUCAGGUCUGGUGGACCCGUCAAACAGAAUCUGACAUCCCAUGUCGGCCCUUAUUGUCUUGCAAUGUUUCUUAGUGCUCACUAUGCUGGAGAGGAUUUGGUGCUGAAGCUCAACCCGGGGGAGCCAUGGAAAAAGGUUUUCGGACCGGUUUUCUUGUAUCUGAAUUCUGUAUCAAGUGAAGACAAUUGUUUUUCCCUUUGGGAAGAUGCUAAAAACCAGAUGCAGAGGGAGACCCAGAACUGGCCCUACAGUUUUCCAGCAUCAGAGGAUUUUCCGAAAUCGGAUCAACGGGGUAAAGUAUGCGGCAGGCUAAAAGUUCAAGACAGGUAUGUCAGAUAUGAAUCCAUCCCAGCAAAUGGUGCUUAUAUAGGCUUGGCACCAACAGGCGAUGUCGGAUCGUGGCAAAGAGAAUGCAAGGGUUAUCAAUUCUGGACCAGAGCAGAUGAUGAUGGCAACUUCAUAAUCAAUAAUAUAAGGACUGGUGCAUAUAAUGUUUUUGCAUGGGUCCCUGGUUUCAUUGGAGAUUACAGAUAUGAUGUUGUGGUUAACAUUACAGAAGGUUGUUCCAUUGAUGUGGGUGAUCUGAUAUACGAGCCUCCAAGAGAUGGCCCUACAUUGUGGGAAAUCGGCAUCCCAGAUCGUUCGGUGGCCGAGUUUUACAUUCCGGAACCCGACCCUAAGUACAUUAAUAAACUUUAUGUCAACCAUCCUGACAGGUAUAGACAAUAUGGGUUGUGGGAAAGAUACGAUGAUCUUUAUCCUGAUGGGGACUUGGUUUUCACAAUUGGCGUUAGUCAAUACAAAAAUGACUGGUUCUUUGCACAAGUUAACAGGAAGAAAAAAGAUGGUACUUAUCAAGCAACUACAUGGCAAAUCAAGUUCACGCUCCAAGAUGUUGAUCAUACUGGAACUUACAAAUUGAGACUGGCCCUAGCAACUGCACAUCUAGCUGAAUUGCAGGUUCGGGUCAAUGAUCCAAAAUCAGACCCUCCUCUGUUCACCACUGGACCAAUCGGGCAUGAUAACACAAUUGCAAGGCAUGGAAUUCAUGGGCUGUACCGACUUUAUAACAUAGACGUGGGUGGCGUUGAGCUUGUGGAAGGGGAGAAUAUCAUUUUUUUGACACAAGCAAUAAACACUGAUUCCCUUCAGGGGAUCAUGUAUGACUAUAUAAGGCUUGAAUGUCCCUCUUCUAGUUCCACCUGAAAGCUUUGGAUUUGUAUAUAUUUACCAGAAAAUUAUCUUUAC